UGACGUACGAGGCCUCACGCGCCGGAAAAUCCCGCCGUCGAUUUUUCUUGCUGCACACUUCAGGACACUGCAUAGCAUGAGCUUCCAAAGGUUUGAUGAGGUGGAGAAGUAUCUUCGAUUCGGGACGUAUUGCAAACACGAUAAAGCUUCAAAAGGUGUAAUAAGAAGAUGCAGUAAGAGGUUUUGUUGGAGAGAUGGUGCGCUCUGGUACAUAGAUGGCAAGCGUCAGCGUAAGGUGCUGCGCAGUGAAGAGGAAGUCAGAGCAGUGCUGCUGGAGCAUCACAACAACCGCAAGCACGCGGGCCGGUCUCGAUGCCUGAAAGCCGUGUCGGAUCUUUAUUAUUGGCGCUCGAUUACCAAAGAUAUCGGUGACUGGAUAGACAAUUGUAAAGACUGCUCUCAUCCGUCCAAUCCGGUCACAUGCUCACAGUGUAUUGUCCCAGGCUGUGAGAGCUCAGGACUGGCCGAUAAUGAAGAAAGUGUCACAUUUCACCGGUUCCCAUUCAGUGAUGCAGACAGGCUCAGUCGUUGGAUUAAGUUCUGUCAGAGGGACCGCUGGUCUCUCCAUAGCAGGUCAGCAAUCUGCUCCAGACACUUCACUGAGGACUGUUUUCACCAAAGCAGAGAUGUCGUUCACCUUAAACCCGAUGCCGUGCCCACGGUUGCAAUAUUUGAAAUUCCGCAAGAGAAACAGAUCACCACUGAAUACCUCGAUGGCCACUGCAUGGAUUCGGGGGAUGGUGACAAUCCCUCUGCAGAUGAGGACGUGGUCCAUGUGGAGCAUCCUUAUUCCAAAGACUCCUCCACCCAAAGCAGUGCAAAAGGAAGUGAAGUGAAGAGUGAAGUGAGCCUUUUGAGCUCCAAGUCCGAGCUGUAUUUCAGAAGAUAUGAUGCACUGGAGAAGUACUUGCGAACAGGAGCGUAUAGCAGUACCCCCUACUGCACCAGGUACAUGGUGAGGAGAUGUGCUAAGCGCUUUUGUCUUCAAGAUGGAAUUCUUUAUUAUCGCCACGGAUCCAAGCGCAGGAAAGUUCUCAGAAACAGAGAGGAGGUUGUUGAGGUGUUAAAGGAGCACCACGACAAACGAGGACACUUCGGCAUGAGCAGAUGUUUAAACUCCAUAUCCGAGCUUUAUUACUGGGGCACUAUGACCAGAGACAUCGAGGAGUGGAUUGGAAACUGUCAGUUUUGCAUGAAAAUGGACGAUUCGACGCAAAAGUACAGGUGUUCUGUUUACAGCUGCAAUAACUACAACGGGCCUUUGGAGAGGACACUGGGGCUGACGUUUCAUCGAUUCCCGUUUGAUGAUCCUGAGCGUCUUAAUCGGUGGAUCAGAAGCCUGCGCAGGACGAACUGGCGUCCCCGGCCCAGAUCUGUCGUGUGUUCAACUCACUUCACAGAGGACUGCUUCGAGCAGUCAGGAGCCUCUGUUUGUCUCAAACCUCACGCAGUCCCCACCCUGCUGCUCUGCACCUCACAGGAUAAGGAAGACGCUUCUGCAGUUAUGGCUGACAGGAGCGGUUUUUCAGAGGCAGCCGUUGGCUCGAAUACCCAGCAUGCUUUUUUCUCCAAAUAUGAUGCAGUUGAGAAAUAUUUAAAAGGGAAAGGCUAUCCACCUGGGCUUACCUCUGUGGAGAAAAACACCUUCAGAAGGCUCUGCUCAAGAUUUGCCAUCCAUGGUGAGGAUUUAAUAUUGGAGAAAUGUCUGAGGGGGGAGUUUAGAGGCACACAAAAGCAUGGGAGGCGCAGGGUGGUCAGGAGCAGGGAGGAAGUGCACUCAAACCUCGCCAUCUACCAUGACGGCAUGAACCACCUGGAGCUGGAGAAGUGCUUGAAGCUCAUCUCUCAACACUUUUUCUGGGGCUCAAUGAGGGCAGAUGUCUCACUGUGGAUUCAACGCUGCCCCGAGUGCUCCAAAGCUCAUGGUGUGGAGUCCUGUGCCAGCCCUGAGCACUCUGAGCCUUUUGCGAACAUGCUGGAUCAAACCAGUCCAGCACAGAUAAAUGGGGUUCUGACAGCUGAAAAUGACCUACAUCUGUCAGUCACUGAGUUGGCAAUCCCACAAUGUCUGAUCAUCACCACGCCGGAGAUCCUCACUCCAACACAACCUCACAGCUCUGUUGCUGAAGGAACAGUCCUAAGACUAACUGACUCAGUGUCAAGUGCCAUCGGUUCUUAUCAGCUGCUUGAGGAGUCGGCGCAGGAGCAGAGAAUCAGCAGUUUGAGUGCCAGGACAGUGGUUCAGCAGUGCGCACACGCCUUACUGCAGGUCAAACCUCAAACAACUGAUGCGGACUCUGAAUGGGUCGAGAUUCAUGAAGGAAUGGUGAUCUAUGUGUGCUUUUAUAAAGGUGCGACUGAGAAAAUCAUUCCCAAAAUGGUGAACACCCUGCUCAACACUACAUUCUUUCCCGUGAGUAUGGGCAGACAUGUGUCCGUCAUGGAGCUUCCGGGAAGUGUGAUGAUCAUUCCCCAAGACACCAUGACUGGUGUAGUUAAAGGAAACCGAGUGCAGCACCAUGAUGUCAUUGAAGUCUGGAAAGGUCCUUUCCUCUACAGACAGUUCGUUUCUCAGUGUGAGAAGGAAGUGGCUGCAUCAACAAAAUGCACCGAGGCCGGAGUGGUCGUCAGGCACGGAGUUUAUGGAAACAUGCAAGCAUUAUACCUGAACAGCAACACGCCGCUCACUCAUGUACUCGAGUUUUGAUUGAGGAUUCAAAUUCUUGCUAGAACUUUUCUUCCUCUUUUCAGGAAUAAUUUGUACGAAAGUUUCCUUUAUUACUAGUGUUUACUGUAGUUUAAAAUGUUUAAGAGAGAUACAGUAUAUUUUGAUGUUUACAUGACCGUUGAAAAUAAAAAUGUAUUGUUUAA